AUGGCACAGCGCCGAAAAGUUCCUGAAGGUGAACUCUGUGCAGUGUGUUCAGAUCUCGCAACAGGUUAUCAUUAUGGUGUGGCGAGCUGCAAUGGAUGCAAAACAUUCUUUCGUCGUACCAUUGUAUCAGAGCACACGUUUGUCUGCCAAUACCAGGGUAACUGCGAUGUCAAUAAAAAUAUCCGUUGUGCCUGUCGACAUUGCCGGUUCAAUAAAUGUGUUGCUGUAGGAAUGGAUGCCAAAGCGAUCCAGAAUGAUCGCGAUCGCAUUGGACCAACCAAGAAAAUGAAAAUGAGUAAUCAAAAUUCUGAAGAUGAUUGUGCAGUUCAUAUUCGUUCGGCAGAAGAAAGGCUGAUAGAGCGUUUGUUGGCAAUUGAAAAGUUGUGUAUGAGGUUACGACAGUGUGUGCUUCCUGAAAUCAAUGGACUUAAAGAAGCUGUUUGUGAACCCUCACUUGUUAACGAAGUUAAUAACCUUAAAAUAGAUCCAUACACAAAUACGAAAGAGUUGUACAUUGCAACAUUAAAAGACAUACAAAUGUGGAAUAAACGAGAAAUGCGAGUGGGCUUAGAAUGGGCAAAAACCUUCGAUUUAUUUAAUCAGCUGUCUUUGGAUGAUCGAAUUGCACUGAUAAAGAAUUUUGGAUUUACUUUCAAUCUUUUAAAUCGAAAUUAUUAUGCACCUGACCAUGGUGCUGAUAAACUCGUAUUGCCUAACGGUGCCUAUAUUCGGCGUCAAGUUCAAAACGAAGUUAAGUUGCCUGGUUGUAGGUCAAUUUAUCACCGACAAAUGGAUGAAAUUAUGAUUCCAUUCAGACAAUUGAAAAUCACCAUGCCCGAAUUUGCAUUAUUCAAAGCUAGCGUCUUUUUUAACCCUGACGCAAUCAACCUUUCCUCUCUAGCAAAAUCCCAAAUUUAUGCCGAAAGGUCAAAAUAUUUGUCAGCACUGUUUUAUUUAAUAACUUCUAAAUGUGGAAUAACUAUGGGUGCACAAAAGUAUGGCAGUUUGCUUAUGAUGGCCUCUUCAGUACAGAACAUAAUUGCUCAAAACGAGGAAAAUAUGCAAGUUAUGGAUUUCUUUGAAGAGAAUUGGAAAAUGGAUAAUUUUGUUAAAGAAGUGUGUUUGAAAGAUCCAUGA